AUGGGCCGGGCCCGGCCUCCAGGCGGGGCCGUGCCGAGCCGCGCCGGGUCCCCGCAGCCAACGGGAGGCAGAGGCGGAGCGCGGCUGCCCCAGUGGCGGCGGGGCGCGGCGCUGUUUGGAUUCAAAGCCGCUAUAAAGGCAGGGCCGCGGGCCGGGGCGGCAGCGAGGCGCGCCAUGGCCAACCUGUCGCAGUGCCUGGAGGAGGGCGCCGGGCGCUGGCCGCCGCGCCCGGCCGGGCUGGAGCUGGGGCUGUACAGCGAGGCGCAGCGGCUGGCGCUGGAGGAGCUGGUGGCGGGCGGCCCCGAGGCGCUGCGGGCCUUCCUGCGGCGGGAGCAGCUGCCGCCCUUCCUCUCGGAGCCCGAGGUGCAGGCCAUCGCGCGGGGCGCCGUGCCGCCCGCCGCGGCCGAGGAGGAGCCGCCGUCGCUCGGCGCCUCGCCGGCCGCCUCCUCGCUCACCUACUUCCCCGAGCGCUCGGACGUGGAGCCGCCGGCGCUGGAGCUGGGCUGGCCGGGCUUCGCCGGCGGCGCCUUCCGCGGGCUGACGCGGGUGGAGGCGCACUUCCAGCCGGGCUGCGGGGAGAGCGGCUGCGGCUGCAAGGAGGCGGUGCGGCGGCAGAUCCGCUCCGCGCGGCAGGUAAUUGCCAUUGUGAUGGAUUCCUUCACAGAUACUGAUAUCUUCAGUGACCUUCAGGAUGCCUACAACAACCGGAAGGUCCCUGUCUAUAUCCUUCUUGACCAGGGCUUUCUACCCUACUUCUUGGAAAUGUGCAAGAAUUUAGGAGUCUGUCCCGAGCAGGAAAAUUUGAUGAGAGUUCGAACUCUCACUGGGAACACAUACUACACGAGGUCAGGCGCCAAAAUCGUUGGGAAGGUUCAUGAGAAGUUCAUGUUAAUCGACGGCAUUAGAGUGACAACAGGCUCCUACAGUUUCACAUGGACCGAUGGGAAGCUGAACAGCUGUAACUUGCUGCUGUUGUCAGGUCAAGUGGUUGAACAGUUUGACCUCCAGUUCAGAAUUCUUUAUGCCCAGUCAAACCCUGUCAGCCCUAAACGUCUGUCGAGCUCCAGGAACAGUGGAAUAUUUGAUCAUCUGGUGAGCAGAAUAGAGUCCUCUAAAGAAUACUCUGUAAAAAGCAAUUUGAGAGCAGAAUUUGCCAGGAUGUCUAGUACUCCCAAAAAAGUGUUAAAAGGACUAGAUCUGGCUGAAGAUACUCCUGGAGGCAAACCUUGUAACCUGGGACAUUCUUUCAGCAGUGAAGUGGAGUGGUUCAGUGAUCAGGAGGCCACAGUGGAGCGAAAGAACGCGUCAACUCAAACUGGCUGGUGGGAAGAGAAGCCCGUAGCGACUGUGUGUAAUGCUGUCACGCAGACCAACGUUUUAACAGACGAAAUUGGCACCCAAACUUCUGUUGAUGCUAGAAUGACAGGGACUCAGACUUCAGUUUUGCUGAAGACUGCAGUGACGCAGACAAAGGAAGAAGAGCAUGCAGAAACACCCCUGCUUUACAGAAGGGCAUCAAAAGAAGAAUCCCUUCCACCUGGAAAGUCUGUAUCAAAUUGUAGCCUGCGAUCUCUGUCUUCAUCCUCAUCCCAGUGUUCUCUUACCAGCUCUACCAGCUCACUCUCUUCCAUUCGUUCCAUUGAAUACUCCAGCAGUCACAGGGCAGAAUAUUUCCAGAAACUGCAUAAGGAGAGGCAAUUCCACUACUCCACUAUCAGGUCGAAGUUCAGCCACAUGGUGGAUAUCCUAUCCCGAAGGAGACGUGUGCCUGAAAACUACAUGAACCACUACACUGGAAGAUGCAACCUAAAUCAGAGGCGAGACAUCAGUGCCAGCCUGCGCAGCCUCCGAGAUGUUUCACUCUUUUCUCUGAAUAAAUGACUGCUGUACUGAAUGCAGAGCACAAAAGUUUGGGUUUCAAAAUGCACUUGUUUAUCUGCUGAUUCUCCUAAUUCCUUCCAGUACUUGUACACAUACCAACAAGAGUAAAUCCCUUUCCAGCACUUUGUUUUAUACUAUGCAAUUUAAGUAAUAAAAACCAGGUUUUUAUUUAUACCAUAACCACUUAUGUUUCCCUUAUAUGCAUUAGUGGUAAAGGUUUAUUGUACUUCUGUAUACUUGGCUUAGAAAGCAUUAAUAUGUUUACUCUUCAGGAUUGCUAAUUCUUUGGUUUUAAGUUAUCUAAACAUGGGAAAAAUCUGAGUCCGACUGACCUUGCUCAGAAUGACUUUAUCAAUAUAUACUUUUUUCCCCUUUCUAAUAGUGGGACUUUCACUUUAUACUCAACAUGAGGGGAAAAAAAUUAAUCAUAAAGCUAUUUUUUCUGACUUCAGAGAUAAAAAUAUUACCCUUCCAUUAAAGUUGUGAAGGGUCUGUUGGAACAGUUGCAGGUUCUUAUGUUCAACUGUAUCCUCUUUCCAUUGUUUAAGCAUUCUGAAAGGGUAGUGAGUAUGUAGUACUGAGCUAACCAGCUCUUCAGUUUGAUCACCUUAUGUCUGUCUCUUUCUUUCUCUCUCUCUCUCUCUCUCUCUUUCUCUCUCUCUCUCCCUCUCUCUCUCUCUCUCUCUCUCUCUCUCUCUCUCUAUAUAUAUAUAUAUAUAUAUAUAUAUACACACACACAUACAUACACAUUUGUAUAUAUAUGCACAUUGUCAGAGGAGCAUCUUUUAAAAAUCAAGGAAGCAGCAACCUAGCGCUCCAAGAUAGCCAUACCUGUUUUAGGGGAACUUGUCCUCAUUUAACUAGUUUUUAGUUUUGAAUACUAGAAGCACUUACAUUGGAUCUGUUUGAAUACUAAUGUAAAUGUAUUGCUGAGGUGUUUGGGGGUGCAAAUCGUGCUUGUGAGCAGGAGAGGAGGUAAUAGUUGGAGCUCAGUGUCUCAUAGCAGCACUCCUGUUGUACACCCCUUUUGGCACAACUUCAGAAGAUGCCUUUUGUUCAAUGUCUCUUCCAGAAUUGAGACCAAGUCAUAUUCUGGCUUGGUCUUGAAGGUUUCUGAACCAUUUAGGGGAGAUUUAGGUUAGAAGUUAGGAGACAUUUCUUCUCAGAAGUUUUCUCAUAAAAAGUGGUCGGGGUCAGGCAUUGGAAUGGGUUGCUCAGGGAAGUGGUGGUGUCACUGUCCCUAGGGGUGUUCAAGGAAAGGUUGGACAUGGUGCUUAGGGACAUUGGUAGUAGGGUGAUGGUUGGACCUGAUAAUCUUGGAGGGCUUUUACAGCCUUACUGAUUCUACGAUCUUGCUUCUGUUAAGAGACCUGUAAAUGGCAUCUUUGCAGUCAGCCUAGUGGUGAGACAAUCACUGAGGACACAUAACAAAGCCCCUGCUCAAACACUACAAAAACAAUACAGAUUGAUUGUUUUUAUUUUACAAGUAAUUUUUUAAAAGUUUUUAUCUUAAGCUGUGCUUUCUGAAGUAUUCUGUGUUUCCUGCUCUGUCUGUAUUUUAUCCACUAAUAGGUUCUUCAAAGAAAGUUAAGUGCCUUUCUAGCUUUUGAAAAUGCUCUGCUUUCAACACUAAAUGGAUCUUGGGUUAAGUCACUUUGCAGACACUACAUGGAUAUUUGUUAGUAUUACUGUGCAUGUGUCCGUGCUUGAUGGAUCACUUUUUUGAGCAGCAUGUGGAUUUUCUGAGUUCUCUCUGAAAUCUGACCUGUGAUAUUAUUCUUUAGACCUGUUUGCCAAUAUUUUAGUGACCAACCAGACUCGGAAUUCUUCAGAGUCAAAUCAGAGUCUGCGUGAGAUAUUUCCUUCUUAUUUAUGGGCUUGUCUGUCCAGUAGGUGGCACAUUUCAGCUGUUAUUUAUUUCCACAAGAAGCAAUGAAUAGGAAAGUGCCAAAACUCAGCAGAGCUGUAACCGAAGUGUAGACAGCAGCACUUUAUUCUACUGACUAGAAUUUCUAUCUUUGAGGUCUGUAUUGACAAAGAGGCUCAGCUACUUUUAUAGGUUGGAGGUUAAAGCAGCCGCUUCUUUCCUAAAGCUAUAAGGCAGAUGCACGGAGAGGUGUAGGCAAAUUAAAAGCUGUCUGCACCUGCUUAAACAGGUGAGGUGCACAGCUCCUAGAGCUGGAACAGAGAUGAAAGGGGGUUGCAAAGAGGGAGCCAAAAUACACAUUCAAGGCCAAUGUCACAGUUGUAUUCUUAAAAGACUCGUUGUUCAGCAAUGCUUGAAUGUAUCCAAAAUCCACCUGAAAAUCGUGUUUGUUCUCUGUACUUCUCAGCUUGGUGCGCUGUACGGUUGUUUUGGAGCUCUCCCAGGAACAAUACC